AUGUCAAAAAAAUAAAAUGUAAUAAAAAGCCUUAGUCUGCAUAGCAAAUAAAUAGAAAAUUAUCUUCAAGAUGAAAGUUUACGAUUGAUAGGUAUGGUUUAAAUAUAAUAAGGUGAUCAAUCAUAUGGUGACCUGAAAUUUGAAAUUUGGAGUUAUAACAAAACUUAGAUAACUUUACUAAAGGAGUAGCAGUAUAUAGAUCCAGAACAACUUAAGAAAUUAGAAGAGAGUGAGGGCAAAAGUAAAGACUGGGGAAGGUGCAGAAUAUUUAACAUAAUACGGCCAGAAGAACCAAAAAAGAUUAUUUGGGAUUUAAUAGGAAUGGGAUUUAUUUUCAUAUAGAUGAUAUUGAUUCCGUUGAUUUUAACAUUUGGACUGGAUAUGGAUUAUGGGUUUAGUAUAUUUAGUAACAUAAUGGAUUAUUAUUUUCUUGUUGAUAUUGUAUUGCAAUUUUAGACAGGUUACUACAAUAAGUAAAUUAUAUUGAAAUAUGUUAGAGGUAAUUAUAUCUAUCAAAGAAGAAAGAUAGCACUAAAUUAUUUAAAGUUGUGGUUUUGGCUAGAUUUGAUAUCUUCAUUCCCUUAUGAUGGAAUUAUCUCUCUCACUUUAGAGGAAUCCAAUUAAAAGGAUGUGCAAAGAAAUACUUAGAUCAUAAAAAUAAUGAGAAUUCUAAGAUUUGUUAAGGUGAUUCGAUUGAUGAGGGCUUUGAAGUUAAAAAAGAUUAUUAAUCAAAUUGAAGAUUCCUUAUCAUUGGAUAAAUCUAUAACUUCGUUUAUUCAGUUCUUCAAAAUCUGUCUAAUAAUUCUCUGUUUAUCACAUUGGCUAGCAUGUAUAUGGAAUGCCAUAAGAUUAAUUUAACAAAAUGAAUAGGAUUGGUACACAUAAUAUGUUAGCAAUUAUGAUUAAGAAUUGGAUAAUGAUCCAAAUUAUUGGUUCAAUUAAUAUGUGGCUGGAAUUUAUUUUAGGUAUAUCUUAUUGAAUAUCAGAAAUAAAGCAUAACUACCAUGAUCACAAUUGGAUAUGGAGAUAUCUCGCCAAAAAAUACAAUAGAAAGAUCUUUUAGCGUGUUUGUGAUGAUCUUGGCUUCUGGAGUAUUUGGAUAUGUGAUGAAUUCUAUUGUCUUACUAUUUUAGAAUACAAACGAAUCUCUAGAAGAAUUAUUAAUCAAAAACGAUUCUGCCAAAAAGUUAAAAUCCUAAUUCUAUUUUAUUAGAUACUUAAAACACAAAUGCAUAAAUAAAUCCCUUUAGGCCAGAAUCAAGAAUUACUUAGAAUGGCUGAUAGAAGAUGAAUAGCUGCAAAAAGGAUAUGCACAUAAUACUUUAGAGAAAUUAUCAUUGCCCUUAAAAAAUCAAGUGACUCAAUUAGUACAUGGGAAUAUGAUGAGUUAGAUUAAAUUCUUAAGAAAGAAUUUCUCCCCACUUCUCCUGAAGAAACUAGCCUUUAUAUUUCAAGAUGAAAGUAUUUACUUUAAUAAAUUAGUAUACAACCCUGAGGAUUGGAUAAUUAAACACGAUGAUCCUAUUGAUGAUACUACCUCCAUUUAUUUUAUCUUAAAUGGAAGAGUUUCAAUAUGUUAUCCAAAAACUAAAGGAUUCAAUGAUAUUGUAGAAUUGACCAAAAAAUAAUACUUUGGAGAGAUCUCCUUUUUUGCCAACGUUCCGAGGUGUGCAUCAGCUAAAGCCAGAAAUUUCAUCAAUUUAUUUCGACUUUCAAGAAAAGCAUUUUUGGAAUAAUGUGAAGAUGAAGAUCUAGAACAAUUCUUUUAAUUAAAAUUUAAUAUUGAAUUUGAAUAGAAAUUAGAAGGUUUGAAUAUUAAAUGUUAUGUAUGUUCUGCGGUUAAUCACACUGCAAAAUAUUGUCCUACUACUCAUUAUGUUAUCAAUAAAUAUGAUAGAAUCAAUAUUAUAGAAAAAUAUAAUGAUGAAAUUAAAUUGAUGAUAAAUUCGAAAAGGAGAUUGAGAAAAAAAACAAAGACCUUUUCAAAUUUAUCUGAAAAUUAAGUUGCCAUUAAAUAAAUUACUUCUGAUCUUUAUACGCUUGAAAAAUACUUGAACUCCUUCAAAAAGAAUAAAUUAACAACCUUAAGAAUUAAAGAUUCCUUCAAAACAGAUUCAAUUAAAGAGUAUACUAAUUUUGUUCCGUAUUCAAAUUUAGGAUCCAUUGCAAGAUUAUAAAAUUAUAAUGCUGAAAUCCAUGCUGAAACAGUGAGGCAAUUAAAAGAAUAAGAAAAAAAGAAUAAACUAAAAAGUAAAUUUGUUUAAUUACUUCAGAAUAAAUAAGAGAAAAGAUCAUCAUAAUAAUCACAAAACAACUCAACCAACAAAUUCUCUAAACUCAUCUUUGAGGUUAAUAAACUUAAAUAAUAAUAAAAAUUGGAGGAAUAAUCUUAAAUCAUCAAAGAAGAUUCUCGCCCUUAAAGAAAGUUAUCAAGACUUUCAUCCCCAAAAACGCAUUAUAUCAAAUAUGAAGCCAACAUCAAAUUAAAACGAAUGCCCAGAAAAACAUUCCUUAAUGAAUUUAAUGAAACAGAUAAGUUUAAACAAACUAUUGAUGUAAUACCUGAGGAUGCUUUGGAAAGUCCAGCCUAACUCUUGAAUCAAACUAAAUCCAUAAAAUUAAAUAUCAACCCAUUUAAAAUAUUCAAAUCCACAGAGUCAACUAUUGUAGAGUCUGUACAAUAUCCAGAUCUUUAAAUAGAGAAACCUAUAAAGAGAAGUCAAUCAAAUGAAUAAAUUGAUUCAAAUAAAAAUGACCUACAAACUCAUCAUAAGGCAUUUCUCGAAAACAUGAUUUAUCUUGUUGUAAACUAUAAACUUCAAAAUUGUAAAUGA